AUGGCGGAAAGGAGCUCCGUGUUAGAGAACCAGGUUUUACUGCGGAAGCUACACGAGCCACGUCCACCCACCGACGCCGGCGCGAAAUCAUUCCUCGCCGAUCUCGCGACUCAGUCACUCGACGAGAUCAGUGACCCGCUGGAUGCGACCAUUCCGCGCGUGGUGUCGGAUCUGGGCUUCAAAACCGGCGUCCAUGUUGUCGUCACGAUGCCUGCCGUCGUGGAGACAUGGUAUUGCGAAAUUCAUAGACGAUUCUGGAUACGUCAAGAAAACCCCUUCGGGACGGAAUCGGGGUUCGAGUGCCUCCGCAGCGACAUACCUCAGUUCAUCCGAGGCAGACACCGGAUAUUCGUACGCGAGGAGUACAAUAAGAUAUGGGAUCAUAUCCGUGAUCACGUCUGUGUCGACUCAAGCAGCCUCGUCGUCGUAGGGCAGUCGGGCAUCGGCAAGACUUGUUUCCUCCGUUGGGCACUGCUGAAGGCUUUACUUGCGAGGAUGCCGGUCGUGUUCUCCCUCAUCCCUGGCCACUUUGUUGUCUUUGACGUAGCCGGGGUCAGAGAAGUCACCGCACAGCAGUUGGCGGACCUUCCACCCAACGUUCUAGGCCUUUUCGACACCACCUCAGGUAUUGAGCGUUGCCUCGUCUGCAUUGAGACCAAGCCUGCGGUAAUCUGCUGGUCUCCUCAGUUGGAACACUUCGAAAGGGUUCGGAACCAUCUCGACGCCGAGUGUUGGGAGAUGGAGCCAUGGACCAAGGAAGAGUCCGCAUUAAUUCCCCGCGUCGGAAAACCCCAUAUGUCAGAAAAGGCAUUGGCUGUCAGUCUGAACAGGCGUAUGAAGAAGCCUUGA